AUGGUUGCUGAACACCUUACCCUUCGUAACAACACCUCCACCCCGAUUGUCCUGAAGCGCAUUGAGCGCUUCCGGGCACCGGAGAAGGGAGGGUUCGAUGCCUUCAGCACGAUGGCCAGGAACUUCACCCAGGUCUUGACCAACCAAACUCGCAAUGCUACUGUCGCCUCGAUCGAACAUGACAGCCGUCCCUUCGAGGAAAAGGAUGUCGACAUUUGUAUCGAGCCAUUCACUACGAAGAAGACUGAGCUCCGCUCCUUCAUUGAUUCCGACAAAGAGCGCGCACGUCUUGUCUUCGAAGCCGAGGGCCAAAGAUACCAGAUCCAGGCCCCGGUUCCAACCACAGAGUCCGAGACCAUGAAACCACUCAGCGAGAACCCCAAAUUCCGCUUCACAGGCAUCUACGUGACCACAUCAUCCUUCCUGGCAAUCUUCUCCUCCGCCAACCUAAACGCCUGGAUGCGCGAACUGCGCGACGACACCCUUGUCUCUGCCCUCUCCAUCCCAGGAACCCACAACUCGCCAACCUGCCACAUCGCGCCACCCUCAGUACGCUGCCAAGCUGUCAGUCCCAGAGAACAGCUCGAGAACGGCGUGCGCUUCUUCGACAUCCGCGUGCAGCCCCAGUACCCCGACGACGCCGGCCGGGACGAGCUGAUCCUCGUGCACAGCGUGUUCCCCAUCUCGCUGACAGGCAACAAGUACUUCCGCGACUUAAUGAAUGAAGUCAACAACUUUCUCGAACGGAACCCAUCCGAGACCCUGAUUAUCUCUCUCAAGCGCGAGGGUACCGGGAAUGCCACUGACGAGCAGCUCUCGCAUAUCCUGCACGACCACUACGCUAAGCCGGAUAGCCGGUGGUGGGUGCGGCCCAAGAUCCCGACUUUGGGCGAGGCCCGUGGCAAGAUUAUUCUUGUGCGACGGUUCAAUCUGCCGGAGAAGUUGAAGGGCGAGCAUGGCGGCAACGGUUGGGGUAUUGAUGCUGCCGCUUGGGAGGAUAACACUGCUCAUGCGGUGUGCCCCAGUGGCCAGCUUUGCAUUCAAGAUUUCUACGAGGUCCUGGAAAGUAUGAAUAUCGAGAAGAAGAUUCAGUAUGUCUCUGAGCAAAUUGAUCGGGCGAGCUGCUGUCGCUAUCCGUUUGGUGUUCAGCCUGACGCGCAUGCGACCAAGGCGUUUCCCUUUUACAUCAAUUUCUUGAGUGCGAGUAAUUUCUGGAAAACAAAUACUUGGCCUGAGAAAAUUGCGGGUAAGGUGAACCCGGCUAUUGUUGAUUAUAUCUGUCGUCGGGGCAAGGAGCAUGAUGCUGAUUGCUCGACGGGUAUUCUUGUGACGGACUGGGUUGGUUUGAAUGGGGAUUGGGAUCUGGUGCGCUGCAUUGUUGGCAUGAAUGCCAAGCUACGAUUGAGAGAGAAUUAG